AUGCGGGACCGAUGCAUGACCGGUGACCACUCGCUAAUCCAUGGCCACUCGCCUCUCCAAUCCACGACGCUCCAACUUUGUUCCUACCGGAUCUCUGCGCUCGGCGAAUGUGGAUCUGACCCCGACACCGGCCGCCCUUACGAGAGGCGGGACAGGGAUCGUGACCGAGACCGAGACCACAGGGAUAGGGAUCGCUACAGAGAAAGGGACAGGGACAAAGAAAGGGAUAGGGACAGAGAAAGGGAUAGGGAUAGGGACAGAGAGAGGGAUAGAGAACGGGACAGGGAUAGGGAUAGACAAAAGUCUGGAUCCCAUAGGGAGGAUUACGAUUCUAGUUCUCGGGAGCGUGAGAGGGAGAGGGAGAGGAGGCGGGAGAAGUAUUACUCUGAUUCGUAUAGGGAUAGGGAGAAGUAUAGGGAGAGGGAUAGGGGUUAUCGAGAGAGGGAUAGGGAGAGAGAUCGUGAGCGGGACAGGGAUAGGGAGAAGGGGAGGGAUAGGGACAGGUACUACCGCGAGCGCGAGCGCGACAAAGAAAGAGAAAGACGCAAACGCGAGCCGUCAGUUAUACCCGAAGGCGCAGCUACAGGCGGGCCCUCCUCCACCCCCCACGACGACGAUGACGCCCCCCACCACGCCAACGCUAACGGGGGCGUACGCCCCUUCACACCGGACAACUUCCUCCCGCACCCGGCGCCGCCGGACGAGGACGGCUCGCCGCAGCGGAUCGUACUCGACAAUCCUACCUUGUCGGAGCUGAACCAGAGCGCUGCUGCUUCGAAUUUGAAUUUGGGUGCUGGGGGAGGGGGCCCGGGAGGGGGAGGGGGUGGUGUACCGUUUGUGCCUACUAUGGUGCAGUUCCCGACGGAGGAGGGGGAGGAGGGGUAUGGUGAGCGCAGGAGGGAGAGGGAGAGGGAUAGAGAUCGCGACCGUGAGCGUGAGCGUGACAGGGAACGGAGGAGGAGGGAUAGGUAUUAUGAGGAUGAGGAGCGGUAUCGGUCUUCUGGGCGGAGGGAGCGUGACCGCGACCGCGACCGUGAUCGUGACAGAGACAGAGACAGGGAGAGGAGGUAUCGAGAGAGAGAUAGGGAGAGGGAGUACAGGGAUCGGGACAGGGACAGAGACAGAGACAGAGACGGAGAUAGAGAUAGGGAUAGAGAUAGGGAUCCGGAGAGUUCGAGGUUUAGGGAGGUGUUUUCGCCUCCUGCGGGUGUGGCUAUGAGUUUGAGCGGGGCGGUUGCGAUGCAGAGGUCUGAAGCUGGGUGA